AUGGAAAAGUGGCUGAUAAGUCGCCAAAAGGUUGCCGAGGUAUCAGGCAAUACUGAACAGUCACCUGACAAUGAUGUGUCAUCCUCUACCAGUACUCCGACACAAGAAAAAAGAAAACUUGAUAACAAGGAAUCGUCUCUCAAAAAAAGGAAAUAUGAUGAUAGUUAUAUUCAGUUUGGUUUUACAAGCUCUGGAGACCCUGAUUUUCCGUUGCCACAGAGUGUCGUUUGUGCAGAAACGCUGUCAAAUCAUUCGCUAAAGCCGUCUUUACUACGUCGACAUUUAGAAACCAAACAUGCUAAUUUAAAAGACCAGUCUGUUUCCUUCUUUCAACAUAAAUUGAAAGAUCUCAAACAAAGACAAAAAUCUAUUGAGGCGCUCUUCCAAAACACGAAUGACAACGCUCUGCAAGCCUCUUUUAGAUUUCAUGAAGAAUUCCUGUUUUGUAGUACCCUUUCGAUUCGCACCACCGGGGAGGAUAUAUUUCAUAUGGUCGACAGUUUUGUAAAAGAAAACCAAUUGGAUUGGUCAAAAUGUGUGGGAAUAUGUAGUGAUGGUGCCAGAGCAACGACUGGUCGUUUUUUAGGACUUGUAAAGCGGAUACAAGAUAUAGCCCCAGAAGCAAAAUGUACGCAUUGUGGAAUUAAUCGAGAGGCACUGGCUUGUAAAAAAAUUCCAGCCAGCUUAGAUAUUACUCUAAAAAAUGCUGUAAAAAUGGUUAACUUAAUCAAGGCCCGCGCCACAAACUCUAGAAUUUUUGCAGCUAUUUGCAAAGAGCUUGGCAGUGAACACGGGAUCCUGUUGUUACAUACUGAAGUGCGUUGGCUGUCCAGAGGAAGAGUUGUUUCGAGAAUGUUUGAGUUAAGACAUGAAAUUGAGUUAUUUUUGGUCGAGCAGGGACACGAUGAGUACAAACAGAUGCUGACUGACUCUUUGUGGGUGUAA